CUCUUUGAAAAUCAAACAAAUCGAGAGUUCCCCCAACACCCCAAUAGAAAAUGUUACCUCGAAUCCUUAAAUCCAGUCGCAUCUGGCGUCGUGGUUUCUGUGACAAGGCACCGGGAAUUUCCAAGGAUCCCGUUUACCAGACCUUUCUGGAUAAGGUGCGUGAAUACCGCCUGAAGAGUCCCACGGGCAAGCCCGUAGAUCCUACCCCGGAAUACGAGGAGGAACUAAAGGAGUCCAUCGAGAAGCUGGCCCUGCGCUAUGGUGGUGGCGAAGGAGUCGAUCUUCUAGCAUUUCCCAAAUUCAAAUUGCCUGAUCUGGAUAUUGAUCCCAUUUCCAUAUACGAUUUACCCGAGUACAAAGACAAGGAAAUAAAAGACGAUGAGAAGGUAGAGGAGCCAGAAAAGGAGGCCAAGUCCAAGAGUGGAGUUAAAGACAAGAAGGAAGUUAAAGAAAAGAAAGAUAAAGGCAAGAAGGAAGACAAGACUAAGAAGGCCAAAGAUGACAAGAAAGCCAAGUCCAAAGCUGAAAAGGAUAAAAAGAAGUAGUAGUUCAGAAAAUUAACCAUAAAUUUAUGUUUCAACAUUUUUUUCCACUGAAAUAAAGUACACCUCGAGUUCCA